GAGCACAGCGCACAUCUGCACUACCAGGCAAAGAAACCUUCAAACUCUGCUGGUUUCUCACGACAGAUUUGCAACAAGACUGCUUCGAUGGAAAUUAGUAUUUUAUCAUUUUGUACAAAAGCCGAAUAGACAUAAAUCCAAACCAUUCCACUUUUCUUGGCUCAGUUAUCGGUUUAUUGUCUCUAAGGAACAAUCGCAGAUCGUCUAAAGCACAAGAGAAAAUCUCGUUUCAGGAAAAACAAGAACAAGGAGUAAAGAAGCAUGUGAGAAUUCUGAUUUUCAGCCCAAAUUUCAAGGUGAUGCUGUGGACCUGUGUAGGUAUUUUAAUAACAGGAGGUUAAAAAUUAAUUUGUUUCAAACAAAACUCACAAGUGAAUUUUCAUUAUCAACAAGUGUAACUGUCGCUGAAAGACUUUCGUUAAGAUUACUUUUUUUUAACCUAGGAUUUACCUUGUUUGUGGUUAUUUGGGGGGAAAACUCUCCUUCAAAGGUAGAGAGGCCCACAUGGGAGCGUGUCUGUGGUCAUGAAUGUCAGGAGCCCUGACAUGACAUGUUGGAAAUGAUGAACAACAGAGAUCGCUGGAAGGUGUGCAAGAGGGUGAGUGUCAUGUUUUUCCUGGCUGUGGUGGCGCUGACUGUUGUCCAGAGAGGGAGCAUCAAUAUGGGGGUUCCCUUCGAACUUGAGAAGCAGACUUGCAUGGAUGCUUUUGAGGGAGCGGAGCCUGGAGCUGCUCUGGAAGAGAAAACUGACUUGUACCUGGGGCUUAAAGGCUUCUGGAAGGUUAGUAAAGCUCCGGCUACCACACAGGAGCCCAGAAUUACUGAGGACAGCAACCCCAGAACCUGGGAUGUAACUAGCUCCAACUGUAGUGCCAACUUCAACCUCUCAAGUCAGGACUGGUUCAGGGGCCUUGAGGAAAAUUUCAAGCAGUUCAUGCUUUAUCGACACUGCCGUUACUUUGCCAUGCUCCUCAACCACCCAGAGAAGUGCACGGGGGACAUAUAUUUGCUCAUGGUAAUAAAAUCUGUGGCAACCCAGCAUGACCGCAGGGAGGUCAUCCGAAAAACCUGGGGCAAAGAGCAGGUGGUUGAUGGCAAGAGGAUAAAGACCCUCUUCCUUCUUGGUAAACCCAACAAUGAGGCAGAGAGAGCGAACCAUCAGAAGCUAGUGGAGUACGAGGACUACAUCUACCAGGAUAUCCUCCAGUGGGACUUUCUGGAUAGCUUUUUCAACCUCACGCUUAAGGAGACUCACUUCCUCAAGUGGUUCCACACUUACUGCCCCAGUGUACGCUAUGUCUUCAAGGGGGACGAUGACGUCUUUGUCAGCGUGGAGAACAUCUUUGAGUUUCUGGAAAGCAACAACCAUGCAAAGAACCUGUUUGUGGGGGAUGUGAUUUUCAAGGCUAAGCCCAUUCGUAAAAAGGAAAACAAAUACUACAUCCCCCAGGCUCUGUAUGAUAAGACACACUACCCUCCAUAUGCAGGUGGAGGGGGUUUUCUGAUGGAUGGGACCCUGGCGGGGAGGCUUCACUGGGUGGCAGACACGCUGGAGCUCUACCCCAUCGAUGAUGUCUUCUUGGGCAUGUGUCUGGAGGUACUUCAGGUCACUCCUAUAAAACACAAUGCCUUCAAGACGUUUGGCUUGGUGAAAAAUAAGAGCAGUAAGUUGAACAGAGAACCCUGUUUCUUUAAGAGCAUGAUUGUGGUGCACAAGCUUCUCCCGUCAGACCUCAUGCACAUGUGGAAACUGGUCAACAGUGACCUGGUCUGCUCGCAGAAAGUGGAGAUCCUAUAGCUUGAUGGGAACACCAGGUAAGGACAGCACCAACAAGCUGAGCUGCACCUCGGUGGAUACUAGUAUGUUGCAUGAGAGGCAAACUUCCCAGGAAACUCCUUUAUGUGGAGAGGGACCGUGGACAAUAUUUGAAUUUGCUGUUUCUAUCCAGUAAUGCAGUUUUAAAGUAAAUUAUACAGAGUUUUUAAAGGUUGACUUAGAAUUACGUAUUUAUAUUGGCAUUUUGAAGGACUCACACUGUCAGCAUGCAGAUUCAGAGACAAAGGCUGAGCUGCUAAACCAAUGGGCACAGUGAGGAGGACAAUGCCUCGCUCUACAAUUAGGCUUUUUAUUCUGUUGCAUAGUAUUCUGUUGUGGGCCCUAUCACAACAUUUUUGAUGGGUCUCCACCCUAUUAUACACCCUCAACCCAUUGGCCAGGAGCCUUGUGGCAGUGAGCUGUCACCAAAUCACCAAUGAUAGCGAACUCAUUAAUGUGAAUAGGCUUAAAAAAAUUUGGGUAAAUUUAUUGCAACAAGUGGUAAACAAAAACAUGAAUAUGUUUAAUUUGCGAUAGCAUAUUGUGCUUUCAUAUAGGUCAGAGGGAAAUAAUGUUUUGUUUAGUUUGAUCUUGAAAACAUAAGGGCAAUUCGUAUUAUUGGGUUUGAAAGCCAUUACACAUGCUGCGCAUCCUGUAGUUAUGUUAGCAUUCUGGGUUUGUACUAAGUGUUGCACAUUGCCUUCACUUGGACCAGUAUGGCAUGCUGCAGUGGCUUCAAAUGGCUUCAAGUAAGAGAAAGAAACAACUCUCUCUACCUCAGUCAAAAAACAAAAUUUCAUCAUUGGUCUUUCUACUGCAAGUAUAACCAUGAUACCAUUAUCUUCAUAUGCAGUACGCGUUCCUAAAGUAAGAUUUUAAACACUUUUUGUAUUGUAGAGGUCCUUGCACUCAUUUUUUUUUGGAAUGUGAUUGAAAUGCGGACGUUUACAACUCCUAUACUACUGGAAACUUUAAAGAAAUGUCUAAACUUGUUAUGUGUAUGCUGUCUGUGGAUUUGAAUGUGCUGAUAUACUUGAUAUGAAUUUGGUAGAGGGUUUAUGACACUGUGAACUAAAACUAUUGCCGGUACGAGUAUCUGACAUGUUAAUUUUAUCAUCCCCCAAUAAAAAGGGGCAAAUGCGGGGUUCUGCUAUUUAAUUUAAAGCAUCAGAUGAGGAUAUUAAUGGAAUGUUCAAUGAUUAUAACGCUGAAUGUUGUAGGUGUAGUGGGUGAUGAUUAUGUCUAGGUGAUGUAAAUAUAUGUAAAAAUCCAAAUGUACAUAGAAUGUCACUUGUAAAUAAACAUCUUGUCUUUG